CGGCCUCUCUUCACCAUCGUCAGGUCCUUUGCCCUUUCACCACCUCGUUCUCGUCCUCGGGAGACGCGACGCCAUCAUCAUGAACUGCAACGAGCUCCAGGAGGGGAUGCGCGGAUCGCGCUACGUGGUCAAGCGUCCCAAGGCGCUGCAAUGGUUCUACAAGGGCCGCCUGUAUAAGGCGAGCGACGAGGAGCGCCAGGCCGGUCGCUUUGAGCUGUUUCUCGACCUCUUGUACGUCGCCAUCGUGGCCAACUUCAGCGACGACCUCGCCGAGCACGCCAACGGCGCGCACCUCGCCAAGUACAUUCUCAUCUUCGCGCCGGCGUGGCACAUCUGGGCCGACCUGCGCGAGAUCAUGAACUCGUACUACACCGACGACCUGGCCCAGCGACUCGUGAUCCUCUGGGUCAUGGCGCUGCUGGUGCUGUACGCCAACAACGCGCGCCUCGUCGACGAGGACAUCAACGCCAUGCGCACCGCGGCGGGCGCCUACGUGGUCGCGCGCUUCACCACCAUGGGCGUCUUCCUCAUCAGCUCCUUUGCCAGCUACCAGCACCGGGCCCAGGCGCGCAUCAUGGCGGCCUUCAUGUCCGUCGGCCUCCUCAUCGCAAUCCCGCUCUUCUUCGAGUCCGUCAGCAUCCAGGCCAAGGCCGCCGUCGUGGCCGUCAUGGUCUUCUACCAGGAGUGCACGUGGGCGCUGACCCUGAGCCCCUGGAUCAAGCGCCGCCUCAAGCUCCGCUACAGCACCGCCGUCGACAUCGCCCACGAGAUCGACCGCAUGGCCGCCUUCUUCAUUAUCAUCCUCGGCGAGUUCGUCUACAGCGUCAUCGUCGGCGACCCCGCCGGCGUCGGGCUGACGUCUGGCUACGCAAAGGCCGUCUUCACACUCAUCAUCGCCUUCUGUCUCAACUGGCUGUACGUUAGCGGAGACGGCAGCGUGCAGGCGACGCACCCGAUCCGCCGCUCUGCCUGGACCGCGUUUGGCUUCUUCCUGCUCCAUCUGCCCAUGUCGGCCUCGUUCCUCAUCGGCGGCCACAUUUGCGCCAUUAGCACCAAGCUGCACGAGUUCGAGGACGGCCAGCGCUGGCUGCUGGGCGGAGGACUCGGGGUCGGCCUCUUCUGUCUGUGGGUGUACGGCAUGCUCUACCGCACCGAGGACGAGGCAUACCUCAUGCUGCCCAAGUAUCCUCGAAUCGGCAUGCGGCUUAUCGUCGCUAUUAUCCUCAUCGUCCUACCCGAGUCGCACGACCACCUCAACACGACGCAGUUCAUGGCAGUUGUCAUGUCUCUAGUGGCCUUUCUUACUGUUUGGGAGACUUUUGGGGGUCUGUUGAGGGGCGCGAGCUUCUAUGAGCCCUGGACUGACAGACACGAACCCCCAGAGGAUGCCAUUGAGGAUGCAAGCGACGAGCAGAUCCGACCAGCGGCGGCCACGUAACGGCGAAAUUUUCCAUAAAAUAGAGUAUCCAUUGAAUC